GCUCCUAACGUGACCUCUGACGUGCUAAGAACGUUCAGGGCCACACGCGGGGACUGAACGGUCGGGGAUGAUGCCAAACGCGCCUGGCGCCGGGCCUCCAGCGGCCUGGGCAGUCGGGCCGGCCUCCCGGCACCGCAGGCGGAGCUGACCCCGCCGAGUCCCGCCCCGAGCCUGCGUCCGCCAGCAGUCCAGCCGGGAAGCCAUUAAGAGGAGGAUCUAAGAAAGAAUACCGGCUGGCUGCCCUUCUCAGCGGUCCAAGCAGCGCCAUGCUCGCCCUGCGAAGCGCCCUGACCAGAAGUCUAGCCGCGCGGACGCCGACGCCUCAGGUAUACUCAUUUUUUGCUACAGGAUCCAGACAAUACGAUGGGACAUUCUAUGAAUUCCGUACCUAUUAUCUUAAGCCCUCAAAGAUGAAUGAGUUCCUGGAAAAUGUGAAGAAAAACAUUCAUCUUCGGACAGCUCACUCUGAAUUGGUUGGAUACUGGAGUGUAGAAUUUGGAGGCAGAAUGAAUAAAGUGUUUCAUAUUUGGAAGUAUGAUAAUUUUACUCAUCGAGCUGAAGUUCGGAAAGCCUUGGCCAAAGAUAAGGAAUGGCAAGAACAGUUUCUCAUUCCAAAUUUGCCUCUCAUAGAUGAACAAGAGAGUGAGAUUACUUAUCUGGUGCCAUGGUGCAAAUUAGAGAAGCCUCCAAAGGAAGGAGUCUAUGAACUAGCUACUUUUCAGAUGAAACCUGGUGGGCCAGCUCUGUGGGGUGACUCAUUUAAACGGGCAGUUCAAAUUCAUGUCAGUCGAGGCUACACAAAACUAGUUGGAGUGUUCCAUGCAGAAUAUGGGUUACUCAACAGAGUUCACGUUCUUUGGUGGAAUGAGAGUGCAGAGAGUCGUGCAGCUGGGAGACAUCAGUCCCAUGAGGAUCCCAGAGUCGUGGCAGCUGUUCGGGAAAGUGUUAACUUCCUUGAGUGUCAGCAGAAUAUGCUUCUGAUUCCUACCUCAUUUUCGCCGUUGAAGUAGUUUUCCAUGGAAAUAUGGAGCCUUUCAUUAACUGUCAUGAGAUGUGUCUGCUAACAAUGCUUAAAUUCUCCCAAGAGAUUCUCAUUUUUACAUGGAGGUGGUAAGUUAAUUUUCUAUGUCCCUUGCAUUUUUAAAGCCACCUCCAGCAUCACUACCACUUCAGGAAACAGUUCUAUUCAUUUCCCCUUGGCAUUUCAGUAUCUCUUAAACAUUAAAAAUAGUUGUUGUUACUACAAGAUUUUGCUUUUUAUUUCUUUCAGAAUAUCUCUUGUUCUCUAUUUUAACAACCCUCUUCUUUUACAGCACUUUCUUAUAUUCAAAUGAUAUUUCCAUGCCUAUGGUAAUAUUUUUAAUUACAUAAUCAAUCUCUCUUCAUGUCUGUUUUUCUGAGAUUUUAAAAGUUUUUGUCCAGUAAAAUUUAUUUUGUACUACCAAAUGGGAUUCAUAAAAAUAUUAAACAUAUUUCAUUAUUAUGGAAAAGUACAGUAUUAUCUGUCAUGUUUAUUAAUUAUGAUUUUCAUACUAAUAAUCACAUAUGUGGAAACAAUGUGCUUAGGACCUGGUAUUAAAAUUUGUUGAAGUCUUAUCAGCUUACAUACUAAAAUGUCUUCAUUCAUGGUUAAAUUUACUAAUUUUUACUUCAUUGUAGAUCACUAACAGAGAUACUUGGGACAUCUGUUUUAAUAAGGUAUUUAUGGUUUUGGAAAUGUUUGCCCUAAUAAAAGUCUACAUAUACACUC